AUGGCAUUAUCUGCAAGUGACCAGAAGGCAAUCCUUCAAAGCUGUAUAUCCAGCAUCAAUCAUGAAUCAAACCUCAUGAAGCAAAGCCUCAAUGACCACAAACUCCUUCCUGCGUUAAAACACUGUUCAAACUUUCUCAAUGAAUUACGGACCAAUUCGUUAUCUCCUAAACAAUACUACGAGAUAUACAUGUUAAUAUUUGAUUCAUUAGAGAUUUUAUCAACGUACUUGUUGAAUAGUCACAAUUCUAAACAGAACAAAUUGAUGAAAGCUAAAACUUCCGAAGAAACCCAGACUCCAUUUUUAGCGGAUUUAUAUGAAAUUGUUCAGUAUUCUGGAAACAUUAUCCCCCGAUUAUACUUGAUGAUUGUUAUAGGCACAACAUACAUGUCAACAAAGGGAGCUCCAAGUAAGGAACUUAUGAAGGAUAUGAUCGAGAUGUGUCAUGGGGUUCAACAUCCUAUCCGUGGGUUGUUUCUUCGGUAUUAUUUAUCACAAAGAAUCAAGAACUUAUUACCAUUUUCUACAGCUGCUGAUUUUCAUGAUACAGUAGAGUUUUUGAUUGCUAAUUUCAUAGAAAUGAACAAACUUUGGGUAAGAUUGCAACACCAAGGACAUUCCCUGGAACGAGAAUUACGAUACCAGGAACGGAAAGAAUUGAAGAUUCUUGUAGGUUCCAAUUUGGUCAGAUUAUCCCAAAUCAUUGAUGAUUAUAAAGGUGAUGAAGAUGAGCAUUAUUCCAGCACUCAGUUUUAUCACGACAAGGUGUUCCCAACCAUCACCGAGCAAAUUAUUCAAUGUCGUGACCAUUUGGCCCAAAGUUACUUGAUUGAUGUAUUGAUCCAGAUAUUUCCUGAUGAUUUCCACUUUGCCACCUUGGAUGAAUUAUUAAAUGACGUAUUCCUUAAUCUUAAUGCAACAAUGAAGAAAAGUGAGUUAGUGGCAACCUUGAUUGAAAGAUUUAUUUCAUACAAGAACUAUGUUGUUGAUUUAUCAGAAGAUAAAGGAAAAGCAAAUACUUCCAACGAUGUUGAAAAAUUGUUUGGAAGAUUUUGGGCAUUUUAUCUUAAGUUGAAUAAGCAAGAACCAGAAUUACCAGCCGAAGAGCAUUCCAUGCUUCUACAAUCAUUCAUUAGCCUUUCACUUACAUUUGAUCCAGAUAAUUUUGAAAACUUAGAUGUGGUUUAUAAAUAUGCCACUAACGAAUUGACUAAUCAAGAGAAUACAAGCCAAGAACAGGAGGAGAUGUGGGUACAAUUGUUAUCCACUCCAAUUCGUCAUUUCACCUCCAUAAAAACAUUGUUCAAACUUGAAUUCUUUCACGAAUUUUAUUUGAAAUUGAACAAAGAAUUCCAAAGAAAGAUUUCCUUGGCGAUUGUAGACAAGACAUUAUCCGUUGAAAACGAAGGAAAUAUUAGAGAACCUGAAUAUCUCUCAAACACGCCAGAAAUCGAUGGUAUUUUCAAGUACCUUUUGGUUUUGAUCAAGGACAAACCUGUGAAAGUAAAUACUGCAACUGAUUUGGGUGUCAUGAAAACCAUCAAGAUUAAUAACGGGGAAAAACAAAUUACCCCAGAAUUUAUCGAAACUCAGGAGAAGAUUUGUAAGAUUAUACAUUUGGUGGAAAUCCCAGAUGAUCCGUUAAAAACAAUUUCGCAGUUGAUGUACAUUCGUAAGAAGUAUUUGAACAAAGAAGUGGGAAAUCUCAUAUUUACCUACCCUACAUUGAUUUCAAGAAUUCUUUUUAAGCUAAAGUUGGUUGGAUAUGUAAAUCUUGAACAAAAGAAACGGGGCCAAAAUGAUGAUUCAUUGGACUUAUUGAUCACGUCUAACUUCAAAAAUUUAUCAGUAAUAAUUGAUGAAUUAUACCAACACCAUCAAGAAUACUCAGCAGAUGUCAUUCUUAACAUUUACUUGAAUGUGGCUACCGUGGCUGAUCAACUUCGUCAGGAGUCAAUUUGUUACGAAUUAUUCACUCAAUGUUUUGUGGUGUAUGAGGAGAAUCUUAUCCUUAAUUCCCAUCAAUAUAAAUACUAUACACAUAUGAGUCCUCAUGAUGUACUUGGAGGAUCAUUGGCAUACCAAUCAGUGGUUGCAAUUGCUAAUGUACUCACCAAGACCCGAUUCUUCACCAAGGAGAACUAUGAGAAUUUGAUUACAAAAGUAACAUUGUACGGUUCGAAGUUGUUAAAAAAGCAGGAUCAAUGUCGUAGUGUAUAUUAUUGUGCUCAUUUAUGGUGGUGGAGUGAAACAUUGUUGCCACCAGGCGAGAAAACAGCUACCAUUGAAUCCUCCAGUAAGGAUAGGAAACAAGAAAAGGAGGAAACAGAAGACAAGCAAGAGCACUCAGAUCCAGAGAAAGCUGCUCAUGAAGACGAUGAAGAAGUUUUGCUCUAUCGUGAUGGUAAACGAGUAUUAGAAUGUCUUCAAAAGUCACUUCGAGUUGCUGAUUCAUGUAUGGAUCCAUACCUUUCACUCAAACUUUUUAUUGAGAUUCUUGGACGUUGCCUUAUUUUUAAUAUCUAUGGUAAUGGUUAUGUCGAUGCCCGGUAUAUUAAUGGAUUGAUUGAUUUAAUCAAGACCAACAUCGAGAACUUGAAAGAUGAUGAGCAAGAAGGAGGAGGAGAAGAAGAAGAAGAAGAAGAACAAGAAGAUAAGGACACCAAAGAGGAUGAUGAAGAGGAGGAAGAAGAAAAGGAAGCCGUAUUGUUUAAACAGAGCCAGAAAGUAUUUGAACGCACCUUAAACUACAUUUCUGAACAGCAAGAGACAGAAGGAAGAUUUGAAGGGAUUAUUGUAUGA